UAUACCCGACACCUUCAAUUUCUUCUUCCAAUAAUGGAUUUAAGAAGAACUGUGGACAAUCUCUCGGACACUUCCAAUCCACAAGCAUUGUCCGGCAAUUUGGCUGACAGACCAGGAAUGUCCACAGAUGAUAUCCAAGCGGAAAGUGAACAUCCUGAGGCCAUGGGGGAAUCUUCCGUGGCUUCAUUAUCUCUCCUUAACCAGCCUCUGCUGGAAAGAUCGCAAAAUCCAGAAGAGGUCACAGAAGUGGUAGAUGCUAUUCAAGAACCAGUCCAGGCCAAUCCAGAACCCAGCCAGCAACAAAGAGCAGCACCUGCUAGCCGUUCAUCUGGCAGACGAGGCCAAAGGGUCAUAACCGAUUCCGGUUUAAAUCUCCGUAGUCAGGCCGACAUGAUGGUUAUGGAGUAUUUAAACCGGAAUCGGUCUGACGGCAAGGAAGAAGUAGCUUUAAAAGGGCUCGCUCCUUCCUUGCGCCGUGUGCCAGAUGAACGGCAAACACGGUGCCUUUCUGCUCUGGUCAUGGUACUAGAUGAAUUUACGGACCCUGAAGAGCCACAUGAUGUUCUGCACUUUUUAGAAAAGAGAAGAGACCAAAGAUUAAAGGUCAUAACUCCUCAUUCCCGUCUUAACAGACCGGACACCCCAAUUGUGCACACCCCUGGCCCAUAUACUAGGGAAUUAUUUGACUUAUAA